AUGCCAAAAACACACGAACAGCGUGAUACAAGCGUCCCAGUAGGAAACUCGAGCGAUAUGUUCUUAAGACGAAAGAGCUUAUGGUUCCUCAAACAAAUCCGCACAUUGAAGGUCGAAGCGGACGAGAAUAGCUUUCAAGGCCUUGAUGAUUCAACACUGGCAGUGAAGUUGGAGCAACUUGACAGACUACAGACUCAAUUCGAAGAAACGCAGUCUCAACUUGAGAGGGAAGACAUCGCGGAAAUUGAAGGCGAAGCAAGGGUGAUAUUUUCGGAGGCAUAUGUGUCCAUCAAAGCGAACAUUACCAAGGUACUUACCUCGCGUUCAAUGUCAUGUGCUACAUCAUCUACGCGCAACUACUCUAUGGUGGACGAACUAGGUGGGCACACAUCAUCGCGUCCAAAUAAAUCGAGUUUGCCGGCUUUACAGCUGCCCCGAUUUAACGGAAUGGUUACAGAAUGGCCGGAUUUUUGGACCAUGUUUCAUGUUAUCGCACACAUCAAAGAUAUUUUCGGGCUGAAUAAAGUGCCCGAUGGUUCAGCAGUUUGCUUACGGGAGCUCAGCGACAAGGUCACUAGUCAUCUGCGUGCAUUACAAACCAUCGCCACAAAUGAGGAGUUGCUGGAUGGUUUACUCACGCAUUUAGUCAUCAGCAAAGCAGACAUUGGUACUCAAGCGAAAUGGGAAGAAGAAGCACCAACUCAAAAUUUGCCUUCGUGGGAUCUUGUUGCCAAUUUUUUGGAAAGGAGAGUUCGCAUAUUGGAAAGCGUCAAUACAAUUACUGCAGCCCCCACAAAACAGGUGACAAGUAGAAAAAAUAAUCGUAGUCAAUCGUUUGUUACCACUAGCGCCAUCAAAAAUUGUGUAUUUUGCAAUGCAACUCAACAUACAAUCUUCACUUGUUCUCUAUUUUUAAACCUCUCACCUUCGUUACGCUUUCAACAAGUUAAAAAGCAUCAACUUUGCAUUAAUUGUCUAAAAAAGGGACAUGUCGUCAAAAAUUGUAAGACAAGCAGCUGCAAGCAUUGCUCAGCUAAGCAUAAUACACUUCUUCAUUUUUCGCAAUCUCCGCAAACAAUUUCGCAAGACACAGGUGCACCUCCUAGUGCCAAGACAUCCCUUGUCGUUGGGCAUCCCGAGCAGACCUUUCACCCACCUCCUAAAGGUGUAGUAAUGCUAGCCACUGCCAUUGUGAUGCUAAAAAGUCGUCAAGGUACUUUCAUACCGUACAGAGCCCUACUUGAUUCCGCUUCUCAACUUCAUUGCAUAACAGCAAAUAUGGCUAAUCAGUUGCAAAUUAAGAAGUCAAAGGCUACUACACAUAUUUCGGGAAUCGGUCAAUCAGACAUAACCUCGAGCGAGUAUGCAACUACGCUAUUACAAUCGGUAGAUCGUACAUAUUCAACACCUAUUUCGGCCGCCGUUGUGCCAACAAUCGAACGUCGAAUGGAAGAUUCCAUCCAAUAUCUCGUUAGCGGAUCCAUCUUUUUUCAAAUCCCAGAAAAUUGA